AUGUCGUGGGCCUGGGCCGAUGUAUGUGCCCCAACCGGCUGGCUGACAGGACGGGCUCGCCCGCGCACGCGUGGCCCGACUCCGCGGACAGCGCGCGAGUGCCGCGUUGCUGCGCGGAGGCGCCACCGAUGCGCCUGGCAUCGACUUCGUGGACUCGCGAAACAUAAACUUGUGGCGCUCCGCGCGGAUUUCUUGGAUCUGCGCUGGGCCCCCCCUGGCGGCGCCGCCCCUGGCGCGCUCCGCGCGCCAGGGAGGGGGAAGAGGACGAGGGGGGCCACAAAGGAGGAGUGGGAGGAGGAGGAAGAGGAGGAGGAGGAGGAUGCUCCUCGAUGGCCCUCGCCGAGAAAGAGUGCGCACGGCCGAACGAUGCCGAGCCUGGAGGCCUCUGAGGGCCCUUCCGAGCAGGCCAUUCUGGCGUUGUUAAAAAACGCCCUGGCCCUCGCCCUCACCCCGUGA